AUGCUCCGCCUGUGUCCCUUUUGCGUGCUUACAAGGUCACAACAUGCCUAUCUCUUGCCUGGCAACCAGUGUGCCAAGAUGGGCGCCGCAAUACCGCACACCUUGACCAUCCUAUCACAUCACGCGCUGGGCGGUCCAAGUCACAUCACCUGCAACUUCAUUUGGUGCUGUACGCAACACGCCUGGCUCCUGCAGCUCACUCAGCCCACUCGCCCUCGCCCUCGCCCCUGCCCCUGCACCUGCACAUGCGCUGCAAAUCACGAUUCGACUGUGCCGAGAUCCACUCAUCACAGCAUGUUCUUUCUAUUGAAAUUCAAGCUUGUUUGUUCUCAAUAG